AUGGAAAGCAGCAACCUCACUUCAGUAACUGAGUUCAUCCUCCUUGGUCUUUCUAGCAGACCUGAGCUCCAGGUGUACCUCUUCUUCCUCUUCCUCAUGGUCUACCUGAUGAUCUUGCUAGCAAACCUGCUCAUUGUCUUGUUGAUAUUAGUGGAUUCAUGCCUUCACACCCCCAUGUAUUUCUUCCUCAUCAAUCUGUCCAUUCUAGAAGUCUCUUACACAUCCUGUGUGAUUCCACAGAUGCUGGGACACUUCUUGGCAGAAAGAAGGUCUCUCUCUUUCUCCCGUUGUGCCAUACAGUUCUAUAUGUUCCUCUUUUUUGGCAUUGCAGAGUGCUAUAUCCUCUCAGUGAUGGCCUAUGAUCGUUAUGUAGCCAUCCGGGAUCCCUUAAGGUACACAGUCAUAAUGAGUUGGAAAGUCUGUGGAGGGCUGGCUGCUGGCUGCUGGGUGGGUGGCUUUAUAGCAUCUACAGUGGACACAGCUGCCACAUUCCAGCUUUUGUUCUGCAGGGAAAAUGUUAUCAAUCAUUUCAUGUGUGAAAUGCCUGCUCUGCUACACCUCUCCUGUACAGAUACUUCCCAUGUAGAGAUGGUUAUGAAUAUCCUCUGUAUCUUUACCCUUUUAUGUCCUGUUACAUUCAUCACCUUCUCAUAUAUCCACAUAAUUCAUGUUGUCCUACACAUUCGAUCUGCCCAGGGACGCAGAAAAGCCUUUUCCACUUGUUCUUCCCACCUUCUGGUUGUCAUGGUAUUAUAUGGUACUGUACUAUCACUCUAUAUUAGACCCCGAUCACUCUCUUCCCCAAAGUAUGAUAAAAUCAUUGCUAUAUUUUAUGUGGCCUUCACACCUAUAUUUAACCCUCUCAUCUACAGUCUGAGGAAUAACGAGGUAAAAAUGGCCCUAAGAAAGCUCUUGGGGAAAAUCAGAAAUACAUAA